CUCCCGCUCCCUCCUCCGCGGGCCGCACCGCCCGGGCCGGCGCCGCGCGCGGGGGAAGCUGGCGGGCUGAGGCGCCCCGCUCUCCUCCUCUUCCCCGGGCCGCCCUUCUGCCCCGGGCCCGCGAGGCCGCACGUCGCCGCCCAAGAGAUGAUGCAGGACGUGUCCAGCUCGCCAGUCUCGCCGGCCGACGACAGCCUGAGCAACAGCGAGGAGGAGCCGGACCGGCAGCAGCCCCCGAGCGGCAAGCGCGGGGGGCGCAAGCGGCGCAGCAGCCGGCGCAGCGCGGGGGGCGGCGCGGGGCCCGGCGGGGCCGCGGGCGGGGGCGUCGGAGGCGGCGAGGAGCCUGGCAGCCCGGCCCAAGGCAAGCGUGGCAAGAAGUCUGCGGGCUGCGGCGGCGGCGGCGCGGGCGGCGGCGGCAGCAGCAGCGGCGGCGGGAGUCCGCAGUCCUACGAGGAGCUGCAGACGCAGCGGGUCAUGGCCAAUGUGCGGGAGCGCCAGCGCACGCAGUCACUGAACGAGGCGUUCGCCGCGCUGCGGAAGAUCAUCCCCACGCUGCCUUCCGACAAGCUGAGCAAGAUCCAGACCCUCAAGUUGGCGGCCAGGUACAUCGACUUCCUCUACCAGGUCCUACAGAGCGACGAGCUGGACUCCAAGAUGGCAAGCUGCAGCUAUGUGGCCCACGAGCGGCUCAGCUACGCCUUCUCGGUCUGGAGGAUGGAGGGGGCCUGGUCCAUGUCCGCGUCCCACUAGCAGGCGGAGCUCCCCACCCCCUCGGCAGGGCCGGAGACCUAG